AUGUCAAUAUUCGACCCUUUAGGACUCAUUGUGAAUUUCACAAUAAAAGGACGUAUUCUCAUACAAGACAUAUGGCGAUCUGGGAUUGGAUGGGACGAUAGUAUAGACGAGGACCUAUAUCACACGUGGAAACUUUGGCAAAGCGAUUUGAGACAAAUAGAAAACAUUUCCAUCCCAAGAUGUUAUUCUGUGAAUAUUCCUGAAGCCAAUAAGAUAGAACUGCAUGUCUUUUGCGACGCUAGCAAGAAAGCAUACGCAGUAGCAUCCUAUCUACGAGUUUUGACUAAAGACGAAAUAGAUGUAACUCUUGUUAUGGCCCGAGCGAGAGUAGCUCCAACAAAACCCAUUUCUAUUCCACGUUUAGAGUUGCAGGCUGCAGUGAUGGGAAGCAGGCUCGCAAAAACAAUCAAGGACACUUUGGAGAUAAAAAUUGACGAAGUAUUUUUAUGGUCAGACUCUAUUACGGUACUUUGUUGGAUCAAAGGUGAUGGAAGCAAAUUGGGACAGUUCGAAAGUCACCGCAUCGGAGAGAUCCAAGAAUUAACAAACAUCAACAACUGGAAUUGGAUUCCCUCUAAGUUGAAUUCGGCCGAUAUUGCCACCAGAACCUACAACAAAGACGACGGUAAUAAGACGACCUACGCAAGUUUGUUUAAAGGUCCUGAUUUCUUGUAUGAAUUGGACGAAACCUUAUGGCCCAAGAAGAAUAUUGUGAGUUUGGAAGAUCUUCCAUAUGAAGAAAUUGAAAUAACAGCAGUUACUACAGAAGAAGAAUCAUAUCUGCCUGACAUCAACCGAUUUUCAAAAUGGACUCCGUUGAUACGCGUUACUGAUUGGAUGUUGAGAUUCGUAGAUAUUCUUCUGGACAGACUGAGAAGAAGCAACAGAGUUUUUCUUGGGCAGUUGGAAGUUUCCGAGAUUCAAAAAUCUGAAACCCUUUGGAUCAAACGGUGCCAGCAGGAGAGUUUUGGGGAAGACAUAAGAUGUAUAGCCAAAGGAAAACCAUUGUCAAGUAAAAGUCGUCUGAAAAACCUUUCACCAAUCCUUGACGAAAGAGGAAUAUUGCUCCUGAGUGGACGGACAAAUCUAGCUCCUGAGAUGUCAAUUUCUGCCAAUCAACCCAUAAUACUCCCCACAAAGCACCAAUUCACGCGACUACUCCUCCAAAAUUAUCAUGAAAAUUUCUCUCAUCAAGGAGUGGAAGCCGUUUUAAACGAUGUAAGGCAACGCUUCUAG